GAUUCGAAACACAUAAGUAGAAGAACCUCCGCACUCUUCAAAGCUCACAAUCAAAGAAGAACAACCAAAUCCCUAGUAUCAAACUCUUCCACUUUUCUUGAACAGCUUUUGUUGAAAUGGAGAAGGAUCAGAAGGUGGUAACUGAAGACCCCAAGGUGGAUGUGUUCGAGGACGAUGACGAGUUUGAAGAGUUCAACAUCAAUCAAGAGUGGGACGACAAGGAGGAAGGAAAAGAGGCAACACAGCAAUGGGAGGAUGAUUGGGAUGAUGAUGAUGUCAAUGACGAUUUCUCUGUGCAGCUGAAGAAAGAACUUGAGAGCAACACCGGGAAGUAGUCCAAUAAUCUUGUCUGCAUUUUCACAUGUGGCCUGUAGUAAAAAGAUUGUAGUCCACUGAAAGACCAUGAUGUAGCUGGUUUGCCAUUUCUACAUUUUUUCACUUUUGUUGCACUUCAGUAUGUUAAUGAUUUUCUGGCAUAUUCCUGACGUAUUAUUUCUUGCCGAUCUAGUGUGUUCAUUUCUAAUGUUGCUAGGAAGGAACACUCUGUACUUUCAUCACUUGUUAUCUUAAGUCACUGUCUUCCUGACUUCCAUUGUCAUCUUCUC